AUGUCAUACCAGGCAGAGAAUCAUGUGCUAAUCCUGGAUCGCAGCAUUCCAUGCCACAAUCCCCUUCGAAGAAGCCGAGGGACCCUCGGUAUCAGUGCCAUCGUCGCUUUGCCGCCAAUGGACGAGAACAGCGGGCCUGUGUCUCGUGGUCUGAGGGCAAAGUGCUUGCCGGAAGGUACCGGAGUCCGAAGAGCAACCAGGUUGGUGCUGUCUUGCGGGCUCCGCCCCGCACCCGCCCCCGUGAAUUGCGCGAUGCAAUUGCGAGUGUAA